GGGGUGGGAAUUCCCGACGCGAGGCCGGAACCGAGCGACAGCAAUGGAGUGAGACCCUCGGGAGGUGCUCCAGGUGAAGGAGUAAUGUGAUAUCUAUAUUGGCCUUCUCGUGCCUCAGUUUCCUCUUUAAUGGCUCGCUGAACUUGGGGAGAGAGAAAUUCGAAGGAGGAAAUACAAUCCUGGUGUUGGAGUAGAUGAGUCACUUCAGCUGGGAAAGGCCAGAAAGUGGCUGGGCUGAGGGAAGUACAUUCUGCUGACCAGCCUUCCCUUUUCCUUGACCCCUUCUUUCCUAUGUGACCAUUCCCACCCAUGCUAGUCUUCUCUGUAUAGGUCGAAGAGUCACCGAGUUAUCACAACCACCAUGGGGCCCUGGGGGGAGCCAGAGCUCCUGGUGUGGCGCCCAGAAGCAAUCUCAUCGGAGCCCUCAGUGCCAGUGGGGCUGGAGGUGAAGCUGGGGGCCUUGGUGCUACUGCUGCUGCUGACACUCAUCUGCAGCCUGGUACCUGUCUGUGUGCUUCGAAGGUCAGGUGCUAACCGUGAAGCUUCAGCCUCAGGCCAGAAAGCCCUAAGUCUAGUAAGCUGCUUCGCAGGAGGAGUCUUUUUGGCUACCUGUCUUCUGGACCUGUUGCCUGACUACCUGGCUGCCAUAGAUGAGGCCUUGGAGGCCCUGCAUGUGACGCUUCAGUUCCCCUUGCAAGAGUUCAUCCUGGCCAUGGGUUUCUUCCUGGUCUUGGUGAUGGAGCAGAUCACACUGGCUUACAAGGAGCAGUCCAGUCCACCACAUCCGGAAGAGACACGGGCUCUACUGGGCACAGUGAAUGGUGGGCCUCAACACUGGCAUGAUGGACCAGGGAUCCCCCAGGCCAGCGGAAUUCCAGCAGCUCCCUCAGCCCUGCGUGCCUGUGUACUGGUCUUCUCCUUAGCCUUGCACUCAGUAUUUGAGGGCCUGGCAGUAGGGUUGCAGCGAGACAGGGCUCGGGCAAUGGAGCUAUGCCUAGCUUUGCUGCUCCACAAGGGUAUCCUGGCAGUCAGCCUGUCCCUGCGGCUGCUACAGAGCCACCUACGAGUGCAGGUGGUAGCUGGCUGUGGGAUCCUCUUCUCAUGUAUGACACCUCUGGGCAUCGGGCUGGGUGCAGCUCUGGCAGAGUCAGCUGGGCCUCUGCACCAGCUGGCCCAAUCUGUUCUGGAGGGCAUGGCAGCUGGCACCUUCCUCUAUAUCACCUUCCUGGAAAUCCUACCCCAGGAGCUGGCCACUUCUGAGCAGAGGAUCCUCAAGGUCAUUCUGCUCCUAGCAGGCUUUGCCCUGCUCACCGGCCUGCUCUUCGUCCAAAUCUAAGGUGCUUCAAGAGGAAAGGCAGGGGAAGUUGACUAUCAGAUGCCCCUGUCCUCCCUGCCCUUCUCAAUUUGUGGGAAAUAGAAAGGAAUGGAAAAAGGAAGUAAUGAGGACCAAAGAGUUCUCUGAGAGAGAGGGAUGGGACAUUUGGACUAUGAGUAAUGAGAUGGAAGUGAGCAGAGGAGAGGCUAGCCCCAGACCCAAAGACUAGGAGAUAGCCAAGUUACUACAGACACGGUCAGGGGCAUUAGGAGGAAGCAGACUGCUACAAUCAGAGGUUAGGCACUACAUCUAAGAGACAAGCUGACAGAAGAACAGAGUUAGGCAUCCAGCUGCUUUGGGACAAAGAUACAGAGGCGUUAAGUCAAAGCCAGUAACCUGUUGGUUCUAGUCCAUUUCACCACUCUGCUGACUGAAGUGGUUCCUCCUACUGUCUUGCCUCCUAUUCUUAUAUUUCUCUCUUGUCUUCCACCAAGGGACUAGUGCCAAAUGGCCUCUUUCCAGUUUUCCUAAUUUAUCUGGCCUCUCCUGUCCUCACAUUUUUGGAUUUCUCUGUAUCCUUGGCUGUCCUGGAACUCACUCUGGAGACUAGGCUGGGCUUGAGUUUACAGAAAUCCACCUGCCUCUGCUUCCCUAAUGCUGGGAUUAAAGGGGGUGCUGCGCCACCACUGCGUAGCUCACUGGUCUUUUUUUUUUUUGGUUUUCCAGACAGAGUUUCUCUGUGUAGUCCUGGCUGUCCUAGAACUCACUCUGUAGACUAGGCUGGCCUCGAACUCAGAAAUUCACCUGCCUCUGCCUCCCAAGUGCUGGAAUUAAAGGCGUGCGCCACCACCAACCAGCUUCACUAGUCUAUUUUGAAAGUGCCAAAUACCCACCCACCCAUUCACCCUUUAGGUUAUUUUUUUCUUUCUUUUUCUUUUUCCCCCUUUAGGUUUUAUUCUCUGCUCUUUUUUUGUUGUUGUUUUGUUU